AUGAAGCUUUUGUCAAAAAUAAUUAGAGAAGUUUUAAAACAAUUUUACAAUAUAUUUUUUCUUGAAUCAAGAAUUAUUAUAAUAACUUUUAAUAAUAUAUCUAAUUAUUUUAUUAAAGAUAAGAAAAUAGAACCGUUUAAGAUAGUUUACAUUCUGUUGUUUGCGACUAUAAUAUUUUGUAUUGUGAUUGGAUUAUUUGCUUCUAACAAUCGCAUUAGAGGUAUUGCUAUAUCAAUAACAGGAGGAUUUUUGAUUUACGAAUUAUUGAUUUUAAUUUUAGUGUUAUUUAAAUAUUUGCAAAAAGAUCAUGAAGAACAAGAAACUGAACGUUUUGUUGAUAACUUUAUAAAUGUUAUUAAAAUAAACGCACUAAGAAAAAGGAAAUACUUCGCUGUAUAUAUGAUUUUAAAUAGCUUUUUAAACAUUUUAGAUAAUACUUCUGAGGAUUCUAUAUUAAAAUUUUUUUCUCCUUGUGUAGAAUUAUCAAUUUAUAUAAUAAUUUUUAUAUUUUCUAAUAGAUUAAUAAGCAUUGAUAGGACUUUGGUAUUAUUAGUUCUAACAAUUAUGAGUUUAAAAACAUGUUUUGAAUCUUUUUUUAAUAAAAAGGAGAUAGUUUACACUGUAUUUUUUAAAAUAACUAAAUAUGAUAUUUUAUAUUUAAUAACUUAUACUAUAUUAUUCAUUUUAUCCUCUUAUGUAAAGCAUGUUCGAGAUAUUUUAGUCAGGUUAACUUUAUCUGUUUUUUACAGUAUUAUUCUAAGCCUUCUUAUUUCAUUCAUUUAUUAUGAAACAAAUGAUUUCUUUAACCGUUUAAAAUUACUUUUAUUAGAUGAAGAUGUUUUAAAAAAUAAAGAAAAUUUUCUUAUUUCUAAAGAAAAAUUGGAAUAG